GCGGAACUUUAGUUGUCCCGAUCCGUUGAGCCAACCGGCGCCUUUCUGGUGUUACACCCCUCAGACGCUCGAAACCAGCGAACUCAUUGAAGCUUCGAGCUGCAGCUAAAGGAGGUCCCCGUGUUCAACAUUACAAGAUGUUUCUGACCCGGUCGGAGUAUGACAGAGGUGUGAACACAUUCUCUCCUGAAGGAAGAUUGUUCCAGGUUGAAUAUGCCAUAGAGGCUAUAAAGUUGGGCUCCACGGCCAUCGGCAUCCAGACGUCAGAGGGCGUGUGUCUGGCUGUGGAGAAGAGGAUCACCUCUCCGCUGAUGGAGCCCAACAGCAUUGAAAAGAUCGUGGAGAUUGACAGUCACAUCGGUUGCGCCAUGAGUGGCUUGAUAGCCGAUGCCAAGACUCUAAUUGACAAAGCGAGAGUGGAAACGCAGAAUCACUGGUUCACUUAUAACGAGACGAUGACGGUGGAGAGUGUGACCCAGGCUGUGUCCAACCUGGCGCUGCAGUUUGGAGAGGAGGACGCAGACCCCGGCGCCAUGAGUCGACCAUUCGGUGUAGCGCUUCUGUUCGGAGGAGUUGAUGAAAAAGGGCCGCAGCUGUACCACAUGGACCCAUCAGGGACCUUUGUCCAGUGUGAUGCUCGGGCCAUCGGCUCGGCGUCUGAGGGAGCACAGAGCUCUCUGCAAGAGGUCUACCACAAGUCCAUGACAUUAAAAGACGCCAUCAAGUCCUCUCUCACCAUUCUGAAGCAGGUGAUGGAGGAAAAGCUCAACGCCACCAACAUCGAGCUGGCAACGGUAGAGCCCGGGAAGACCUUCCACAUGUAUUCCAAAGAGGAGCUGGAGGAUGUAAUCAAGGACAUCUAGAGCAGAAAAGACUUGAAAGUCUUCGUUUGAGUUCUGGUCAGGAGACGACGUGGAAGCGCACCUGGGCUAAAUGUCACAACACAACCACAACUUUCCAUCAGCACAUUUUCCUCGCUGCGUUCAAGAUUAUUAUUAUUUUUUUUUUUUUGGAAGAUGUGCUAAUUUUUACUUCUUGUGUCUCUCGGUAUCUGUACAACUUGUGUGCACGAGUCUGACCAGCACUUACAACUGAGCAGCAGGAAG